AUGCUCGAUGAAUCAUCACUCCCCGUCACCCCUUACGAGCGGUCUUGGGACAAGAUCCACUGGACAGCCUUCACUAUAGCCGGAAAAAAAUGCUUCAUGAAACGCAGCGUUGACCCCCGCGAAUUCAGAGUCGACAGAGACAACCACAGGGUCGUCAGCUUUACCAACAGUGCCAAUGCUGUGCGCAACGAGAAGUUGGCCAUCGACUACGUGCGGGAACACACGAGCAUCCCCGUUCCCAACAUUGUCUUUUAUCUUGACGAGGGUGAUCGCGUCUACCUCGCAACCGAGGUGGUCGAAGGCGUCACCCUGGGGGACAUUGAGGAUCCCAAGGAUGAAUUCAAGGUGUGCAAGCAGCUCGACGCCUACGUCACGGAACUCGAGACUCACCGAUCGUCCAAGAUCCGCGGGUUUGGUGUCGACGUGUGCCUUCCUGUUCACAUGCACGACCUGAACAACCAGUACGAAUCAGAGAAGUACGUCGAGGUAGAAGGCGAUCCCUUUGUGCUUUGUCACGGCGACCUCCAUCCAGGCAACGUCAUUGUCGAUCCCGAAACGAUGAAGGUCAAAGCGGUGAUAGACUGGGAGUUUGCAGGAUACUAUCCCGCCAUCAUCGAUAACCGUCGAUACAAGAACUACCACCACUGCAUUGUUCACCUCGCGGAUGGCUCACUCGUGCCUCAAAUGACGCACGCCAAGAGGGCCAGGGAGCUCCUCAGGCGCUACGGGGUAUACUACAAGGAGGAAAUCCAGCGCGAGGGCCGCAUCGAGAUCGUCGACGGAGAGCCAGUCUACAGAUACCCAUCGCCAGACAAGGAACUGCCCGAUCCGAACAAGGUGUUCGUGGUUCCUCCCAUCGCUCUCAAUGCCGUGAAGAGGUCUUCUGAGGCUGAGGCCGAAGACAAGACCGCCGCCGACGCAGCACUUGCCACCGACGUAGAGCAGACUGUCGGUUGA